AUGCCAAUCAUCGCACCGCACGACAUCUAUGCCAAAGAAUUAUUUCAAUGCAGAUACGGGUUGCCUCUGUGGUUUCCCAAGCCUGGCAGAUUGGGUGAAGUCCUUAUCGGGGAUGUCGGGUUCCUACAGGGUGGUGCAUUCAUCCAUCUGUUCAAUGCCGCUCGUCCAGCCGAUGAUGAAGUCAACAAGGUCUAUGGCGUACCGGACGAUUUUGAGCAGUUCAUUCUCGUGAAAUGGGAUAUAAAUGAGUGCACAAAUGCGAUCAAUGCUGGUCCGGUGUGCAGCAAGAGUGCCACCACCGCAAAGGUCGAUGCUGAGGUGGGAGCUUCAUUUCAUUCCAGCUGCGUAGAUUGUCAGGGAGCAUUCUUGCUUCUAAAGGAAUCCAUGAAUCAGCAGCAGCUCUUUCGGAGCAAAAGUCUAUUUGUAUACUUGCUGCGUAACAUGCCACGCUGGCAUGUGUUUGCUCGAGAUGUGUGUGACAUGGUCCUCGUGGAAGAAGACAUUCUCUUUGUUUCUCGGUGGGUCAAGACAACCGAGUAG